AGCGCCAACUUCUGAGGAUAUAGCUGGACAUGUUGGAGGAAGCUUAUUCUUGUACAGUUGAUGAUGUCCUAAAGCACUACAAUACGAACACUGAAACUGGUUUAACUAAAAAGCAGAUUGAAUCCUCUUUGAAGGAGUAUGGCUACAAUGAGUUACCACCGGAAGAAAACAAGCCUCUUUGGAAAUUGGUACUUGAACAGUUCGACGACCUCUUGGUCAAAAUUCUCUUACUAGCAGCUGUUAUCUCAUUUGUCUUGGCCUGGUUUGAAGAUAGCGAAGAUGCGACUACUGCGUUUGUCGAGCCAGUUGUCAUAAUGCUCAUAUUAAUCGUGAAUGCAAUCGUUGGUGUUUGGCAGGAACGUAACGCUGAGUCAGCCAUAGAAGCCUUAAAAGAAUAUGAGUCAGAUACUGCAAAGGUUAUUCGUCAGGGUUAUCAAGGUGUGCAGAGUGUGAAAGCACGUGAAUUAGUGCCUGGAGACAUUGUGGAAGUUGCUGUUGGAGAUCGGGUUCCAGCGGAUAUUAGAAUCGUUAAAAUCUUGUCUACAACACUUCUCAUUGAUCAGUCUAUCUUAACUGGUGAAUCAGUAUCAGUUUCAAAGCACAGUGACCCUAUAUCCCAGGCUCGAGCUGUCAAUCAAGACAAAAAGAAUAUGCUAUUUAGCGGUACAAAUGUAGCCUCCGGAAAAUGUGUUGGAGUAGUAGUCGGGACCGGACUUUCAACAGAAAUAGGCAAAAUUCGUGAUCAAAUCAUGCAUACAGAACAAGAUAAGACUCCUCUCGGGCAGAAAAUAGAUGAAUUUGGAACACAGUUAUCAAAGGUCAUAACACUCAUAUGUAUUGCUGUAUGGUGCAUUAACAUUGGCCAUUUUAACGACCCAGUGCAUGGUGGUUCUUGGCUCAGAGGUGCUGUUUACUACUUUAAAAUUGCAGUCGCGCUUGCCGUAGCGGCGAUUCCGGAAGGUCUACCGGCUGUUAUCACAACGUGUCUAGCUUUGGGGACCCGUCGAAUGGCUCGCAAAAAUGCUAUUGUCCGAUCAUUACCAAGUGUUGAAACUCUUGGGUGUACAACAGUGAUUUGUUCUGACAAAACCGGUACCCUUACAACCAACCAAAUGACUGUUUGCCGAAUGUUCACUUUCGGUAACGAGAGUCGGGUCGGUGAUGCUUCGCAGCUAAAAUUUGAUGAGUUUGAAAUUACGGGUUCUAAAUAUGCUCCGGAAGGAAAUGUGCACCAUCAAGGACGAAAAAUAGACUGUUCUGAAUAUCCUUGUCUUGUAGAACUUGCGCAAAUAUGUUCUUUGUGCAAUGACUCGUCUGUGGAAUACAGUGAAUCUCGGCAUGCAUAUGAAAAAGUGGGUGAAGCGACUGAGACUGCAUUGGUCUGCUUGGUUGAGAAAAUGAAUGUCACAAAAGUCUCUAAAUCAAAUCUUACUAAUCACCAGCUUGCAAUGAUUUGUAAUCGCGAUAUCCAGAAAAUGUAUGAAAGAAAAUUUACUCUUGAGUUUUCUCGGGAUAGGAAGUCAAUGUCUACGUAUGUCAUCCCUCGAAGUCAAAUUUCUGGCUCUAAAGAAAAGCUCUUUGUUAAGGGCGCCCCGGAGUCCAUAUUGGAUAGAUGCACUCAUGUACGCACCACAGGCGGCAAAUUAUUGUUAACGUCUGAGCUAAAAGGCGAAGUACUUCGAAAAAUAGCUACCUACGCCACUGGACGUGAAACUCUUCGUUGUUUGGCUUUAGCUACAAGAGAUGAACCACCUUCAUACUCUCACUUUGAUUUAAAAGAUCCAAAAAAUUUCAAGGAUUAUGAGACUGAAUUAACUCUUGUGGGUGUUGUUGGUAUGGUGGACCCGCCACGUUGUGAGGUUGCCAGCAGUAUCCAAGCUUGUAAAAAGGCUGGCAUCCGUGUUAUUGUUAUUACAGGCGAUAAUAAAGCAACUGCCGAAGCUAUAUGCCGUCGUAUAGGAUUGUUUGAAGAUAAAGAAGAUACUUGUGGAAAGUCCUUCACGGGAAGAGAAUUCGAUGACCUCAGUUUAGACAAGAAAAAGGAUGCAGUACGCAACGGAAAGUUGUUUGCUCGCGUUGAACCCGCCCAUAAAAGUCUAAUAGUACAAUUCCUACAGCAGGAUGGUGAAGUAUCUGCGAUGACUGGAGAUGGUGUUAAUGACGCUCCUGCACUAAAGAAGGCGGAAAUUGGGAUUGCUAUGGGAAGUGGUACUGCCGUUGCCAAAUCUGCUUCUGACAUGGUACUAGCAGAUGAUAAUUUUAGCACAAUUGUUGCGGCCGUUGAAGAAGGCCGAGCUAUAUAUGAUAACAUGAAACAGUUUAUCCGUUACCUUAUUUCGUCUAACAUCGGCGAAGUUGUCUGCAUUUUCUUGACUGCUGCUCUUGGAAUGCCUGAGGCUUUGAUUCCUGUACAAUUACUCUGGGUUAACUUAGUGACUGAUGGUUUACCUGCUACAGCCUUAGGAUUUAAUCCUCCUGAUGUUGAUAUAAUGACUAAACCACCACGUAAAAGCAAAGAACCAUUGAUUUCCGGUUGGUUAUUUCUUCGAUACAUGUUGAUAGGCAUCUAUGUUGGGUGUGCAACAGUUGGAGCAGCAGCCUGGUGGUUCAUGGUCUAUGAGGGCGGUCCCAAAGUGAACUAUUAUCAGCUGACACAUCAUUUGCAAUGCCAGUUGGAACCAUCUAUGUUCAAAGGAGUUAAUUGUAGCGUAUUCGCCAGUCCAAAACCUAUGACAAUGGCAUUGUCUGUGUUGGUUUUGAUUGAGAUGUUUAACGCAUUGAACAGCCUUUCUGAGAAUCAGUCGCUUCUGGUCAUGCCUCCUUGGCAUAAUAUGUGGCUUAUCGCUGCGAUCUGCUUUAGUAUGACACUACACUUUGCAAUCUUGUACAUAAACGUACUAGCGGUAGGUCUUUCAGUUUUACCAUUCACUUUUUAACUACUCAUAUAUAUUUGUCUAGGCUCUGGUUUUCAGAAUUUUGUUUAUUAGACGUUCCUAUGAUUCUAUUUGUGUUGGUUUUUAUUCAGACGACUGUCGAGUAUUUUGUUUAACCAGCGGUUCCAAAUCAACGGACUAUCCCUAAACAUUCACUCAUCGACCUGCUAACUUUGGUCUACCGAUUGCUCCCAAUAAUCCAUCAGGCACUAGUAGCGGAUCUUUAGUUGUGAUAGAAGUUUUAAAUAUGGUGCAUUUUAUAAUUUGUUUAAUAGCUCAACAAAUAGUCUUAGUUUUUAAAAAUUUAAGGCAGUAAAAUUUGUGUUGCAAUGCAAACCCCCUUAUAGAGCUGGAUGAUUUUUAUCAGCCCUAACAGAUUGCGGCUCAGAUGCUAUCAAGGAUGGGUUCUGCCACCACUUAAGUGAUCCCAAAAAAGCACUUGGAGGUAGUCGAGAAGUUUGUGUAUCUGGCUAGAUGUGUAAAUGCUGUUGGUAAAGGGGUGAGCGGUAAGAUCAGUUCACGCAUAGUAAAAGCCACACUUACAACUCUAGUACGAGCAACAUUGUUCUAUGCUUGUGAGACCUAAUCUCAUAAGUGAUGUUAGGUCAUCGUUUCUCCGAAGGAUUGCUGACAUUCUAUGGCACCGCUUUAUUAGUAAUGAGGAGAUUCGCCGGGGGACAGAAACGAUUCAUUUUUUGGUAUUAUAUUCAGUGGCUUAGACAUGUACUACGAAUGUCGUUUUAAUGGGUUUUACAUCGCGGAUUGCUUGUCGACUUUGGAACUGAUUCUGAAAAGCUGAGAGGUAGUCCGUUUUUGACAUAGUGCCAUAGUAUGAAAGAAAUUUGUACAUGACUGACGUCUGUUGAUCCUUUAUGAUACCCUGGUUGGAAUCCCAAAAACAGCGCCACACAAUACCUUAAAACGUUAUUAGAUAUGACUGAAAAUACAAGCCAUUGACGACUGUGUUGUGAUUUUCUUUUACGUUAUUAAUGUGAGUGAGAGGAUCUUUUUUAACUGAAAGAUUUCUUUCUGGCUGUAUUUUUCUGGACUGAACUGCUCCGAUUGUUAUUUUUUCUUUGUCGUUCACUUAAUUUUUUAUUCAUUCAUUGUUUUUUACCCUUUCUCAUUUUUCCAUCUCCGAAAUAUUAUUUUGUGGUAUGACGAAUAUUUAUUUUGGUGUUCCUUUGUACCAUUAUUUUUGUAAACUGAAUACACCCAUUAUCAUCCUGUAAAAUAAGUAUAUAUAUAUUUGCGAUUGUACAGCUUUGAAAAUGAAUUCGCCGAAAAGAAAACACUUCACCGAACUAAUCUUUUUUAUUCAAUAUUUUUGUGUUUGAAUAAAGAAUUAAACAAUAUCAAGAAAUCUUUACCAUCCUAUUUCAACAGUGGAUACAGCUGAUUUUAUGACUAUUAACUUGGUGUUGAUGUAAACAUUCAAAUUACUGAUUUACAAAAAUUACAUCUUUUAAACUUUAUUUUGUUUAUAAAGUUUAUCUUACAAACUAUUUACCUGUUAGAUCGAAGUAGGUAUAUUUUAUUAUGUGUUAAUUGUGUGCCUCAAUACCUGUAACUGUUUGUAGCCAAAUGCAAUCGUAUUAUCAGUGCGUCGGUAGCUGAAAGGUCUCAGAUAGAUUCAUUUCGCAUGGUUCACAUAGAUAAUGGAACUUCAAAUGGUGUGGUUCAUCAGUAGUUAGCUGUAAGAAUUUUCUAGUUAAGGAAUUAGCAGUUUAAAAAUCCCCAUAGAAUAUUCAAAAACGAAGAAUAUUUGAGCGAACAAUUGUUUUCAAUAACUUCAUCAUCAGGCUCUACAGUUAUAAGUCCAUAAUUAUAAUAUUUUACAAAGGCCAAGAAUAAGAAUUCAUUAAUACAUGCCUUAUUCUUGGCCUUUGUAAAAUAUUAUAAUUAAGGAAUUAGUUCAAAAGCGUUUAACUCGUUGAUUCUGAAUAACAAAAUUCUGUACACAUAGCUGUCAUUUAAAAAAAACUAUUCCAAUAAUCUAUAUUAGUGGUCAAUAUACUGUUUUGUGUCAUUCAACUGACAAACAGCUCUUUUUUUAUGUUCUAUCUGCAUAUCUAGAAUGUGCAACAUUGUUACAUGUAAUAAAAUGAAAUAAACUCACAUGAAUGAGGUUCUGUUUAAAUUUACAUUUAACGAGUACUUCAUGUUAUUUAUCAGCUGUUUAGUUUCGCAUUAUAAUAAAUCGUUAUUAUAGUCCGUAUAAGUAAAACUUAAACCGACAUUGUUGGCCGAAAUGAAGGAUAACAAGUUAAUAGAGUUGUAGAAAUCACUAAAACUAAGCUAAUUAAAUCAUGAAUACAGUAUUAUAAUUGAUCAAUCAAUUUACUUCAUCUAAUCAGUUUCAUUCGUGAUUUUUUCUAAUUGGAUUGCACUAUAUUUCAGAAUAUAUUCCAAAUAGCUGCACU